CGUGAGAUUGGUUGAUGUAAUACAAGGCUUCUAUGUCAUUGGCUACCGGCAGAUAUAGGUCCUCCCUUUCCUGUCGUCGCUUUCUGACCUUCUGUCAGUCGCUCUUCGGUCACCGGUUGGUUUGAACGUUCAUCGCCUGCGGCAAGAUGGUGGCUUAUUGGAGACAGGCCGGGCUCAGUUACAUCAGAUACUCUCAGAUCUGUGCCCAGGCAGUCAGGUCGGCCCUCAAGCCUCAGUUUAAAGUAGAGGCAGAAAAGGUAGCAGCAGCCAGUGUAAAGAUCACCAAACCGAAGAAGGAAUAAAGGCUGGCGGUUGGGGGCGAGGAUGCAGCACGUGAAUAAUACUCCUAUUCCUGGUCAUAAGAGAGGCCACACCUGCAGGGCACUGAAAUCCUCCUGUGAUGUCAAAUCUUUAUGUUAACAAGUUCUCUGUUCCUACAUUAAACUCCAUGAGUAAAUAAAUCGGGAUCAGAUUUGUUUA